AUGUCAUCGUGGUGGUCGGACAUCGUCUCAUCGCAUCGGGUGCAGCUUGGGUUGACGGCGGUGGUCUCUGGCUGCAUAGCGGCAAGCGCGGUCGUUGGACUGCAAGAAGCACGACGGCGAUAUGAUAUUCACGAUCUAAAGGACUCCAUACCGGACUUGAGCGUGCCGCACGAUGUUGGGAAGAUAAACGAUUUUGGUGGAGCGGUACCAGAAGAGACACUUAAAAAUAGAGAUGAUGAGCGAAGCGCAGCAUUAGCAAGAAGGGCGCGACUAGGAGACUAUGAUGAAGAUCUUAUCCUGGAGCAGCUGGCUCGCAAUCGUGUCUUCCUAACUGACGAUGGCCUCAGGAAAUUGAGGAAAGCAUUCGUGGUGGUGGUAGGCUGCGGUGGUGUGGGCUCACAUGCUGCCGCAGCACUAGCUCGUUCUGGUUGUGGUCGUCUUCGCCUCAUUGACUUCGACCAAGUCACACUCAGCUCACUGAACCGCCACGCUGUCGCUACCCUUGCAGAUGUCGGCACACCUAAGGUAGUCUGUCUUCAGAAGCGCCUGGAGCAGAUUGUGCCAUGGACCAAUUUUGACCCCAUCAACCAGCUCUUCGGCGAGGCAUCAGCAGCCGCACAGCUCGCUCCUUGGGCAGACGGACAAGCACCCACUUUCGUCGUCGACGCUAUUGACAAUAUCGAUUCAAAGGUGGCGCUACUGCACUACUGUCACACGAAAGGACUGCCCGUGAUUUCUUCAAUGGGUGCCGGCUGCAAGUCUGAUCCUACCAGAGUCUUUAUUGGCGACAUCUCGGCGUCUACGGACGAUCCCUUGGCAGGCGCUACACGACGAAAGCUGCGUAAGCUCGGAGUGAAAGACGGCAUACCAGUCGUCUUCUCAUCAGAGAAGACAGGUCCUGGCAAGGCGCAGCUGCUCCCACUACCUGAGGACGAGUUCCAGAAGGGCAAAGUGAAUGAGCUUGGUGUACUGCCUGACUUCCGUGUCCGCAUUCUUCCGGUUCUCGGCACCAUGCCAGCAGUCUUCGGGCUGUGUGUCGCGAACCACGUCAUGCUCGCAAUCUCCGGAUACCCUCAUGACUACCUUCCCAGCAAGGCUCGAGAAAAGAUGUACGAUGGGAUUCUUGCCCAGCUCCAAGGUCUCGAAGAACGAGCGGUGAGGUAUCAAGGCACAGAUCCAAUCGGUCUACGAAUGCCCUUGACCUCAGAUGACGUUGGGUACCUCGUCGAAGAAGUGUACCGGGGUCGCAGCGUGGUGUCGGGUCUCGCCAGCAGGCUAAGUUUGGUCCGGUGGCGAAAGCCUGAAGGUGCGUGGAUAGACAUGAGCACUCCUGGUCAAAAGGCUGAUAAGCUUCAACUCGAUGAGCUUGUAUGCAUGACGAAGGAUGAGAUGACCAAGCACGAAAAGAUGGUGCUGAAAGAAGGCCGAGUACCAGAAGAUGUGUAUGACAAGGCAGUGAUCGAUCUGGUCGCAAGACGACAGGACGAAGAACGACAUUUCCGUACCCAGAGGUAG